AUGAUCGACGCCCGCAACGAAAGCGACGCCCCCCUCAGCUGGUCUCCGACUGAGCCGCUCACGCCGCUUGAUUCGGAUGACGACGUGUCGCCCAGCGAACCGCAGGCCCGCCAAACAGCAGACGUGCGCGAGGUUCUCGAUGCCGUCUGCGGCCUUCUGGAGGACGUUGAGUUGUGUGAGGCUGAGCGCAAGAGCUGGGCGGCAAGUACGGGCGCAGCUCAAGUGGGCUGCGACAGGGGACAGGGCAAUCCCGCCAGUUCCCGAGCUUAUGUUGGCCCUUCGCCGCCGUCGACUCCGCAUACGGCCCCUUCGCCGCCUGACAACGCGCGCCCGAGCUCGUCCCGGAUGCCGACAGAAGAGAGGCGUGGGCGCGGUGCGCGCCGUGGCCAAACUCAUCCCCGCGAGCCUCGUUUCCGCUCGUGCUCUGCUGGCGCGACGUCUCCUCAACGAGCGGAGUACCGCCCGCCCCCUCGACAAUCCCCUAUGCAAACCGCAACUGCCCCGUUGCAACGCCCUCCGCCCUCCCACGGUGCUGCGUCGGUUUGCGACGAGAGCACGCAGCGUUCUGCUGGGUCGGACUCGGAACCCGGACCGCAACCCGACGCGCCUGCAUCAAGUGGCGCGAAGCGUAAACGCGGCGACAAGAAAGCAAACCGGCAAAGAAAACGCGCCAAGGGCGACGUCGGCGGGGCGCAGGCAGCGCAGGCGGACGGCGCGGGUGGUCGAGCCGGUGGUAGUGAAGACGGCGGCAAAGCCCCCAAGCAGAAGACUGCGAAGGAGAAGGCUUACAAGCAACGGCGCAAGGCACUCAAGCGCGCUCAGGCUCGCGCAGACGCCGCCCGUGCCAAACCGUACGACAGGCUCCACGAUGAGAGCAAGUACUACGCACGCCCUCGCACAGUCAAGCUCGUGAACCUGAAGACGUUCGAGGUCCGCUACGCCACCCAGCGGGGUGGAUACAACUCUUUUUCGUACAAGGAUAAGAAGGUGUAUACCGUGCAGGAUUUAAAGAAGCGCGGCUUCAAAGAACUGCCUUGGGAUGGCAACGACACCGUUGCCAUUCUCGACAACAAGAACCGCCUAAUCUGCGUUUUGCUCGGUCCUCCCAAGCGCCUCUCUGAAGAAGAGAAGCUAAGUUGGGAGAACUCGAUGGUGGAGCUCGCCAAGACGCUCGAACAGGCCCGCGUGAAGCACACUGAUGCCUUCGCGGAGGACGGCAAGUACUUCGACCACGACCGUGGCGUGUUUGCCGCAUUCGCAACGGGGUUCACGGCCAGCAACGGCAAGACGGUGCGCAUUUACUACGUUCACUUUAUUCGGCAUCGCGCCGUGGCCGAAGAGCUUCUCAAGGACGGCAACAUGCGGCGGGUUGCUGCUUUCGCUAGUGAGGCGCUCGCAUAUUAUUUCCCGUUGGUGUACAAACACCUUCGCGAACGCCUUCGGGCGCUGUGCGAAGCACACCCCGAACUCCGCUUCCCCUUCGAGGGCCUCAGCAUCUACCCCACAGUGACCUUCAAUCUCGGUCCCGUCUCCGUUACCUAUGGCCACAACGACGGCACCAACUAUGCGGGCAUUCCGUGCAGCAUCACGGCGCUCGGAUCUUUCAAGGCCGAAGAGGGCGGCCACCUCAUCCUGUUCGACCUUCGCCUGUACAUCAAGUUCCCGGCCGGGCGAACCAUCCUCCUAUUGUCGGCAGGCCUUCGACAUGGCAACACGCAGCUGGCGCCGGGUGACAAGAGGUACAGCGUCACGCAGUACUGCCAGGGCAGUCUGAUCCGAUGGGUGGCCUAUGGCUUCCGCAAGUCGGGCGACUUCACGGCUGCUGAGAAGGAUGCGAUGGAUGAAGCUGCCGGUGAGGGUUGGGCGGCUCAGUUAGGGAGGUUCUCGACUUGGAAGAGUCUCCCAGAGGACAGGAGGGCAGUCGUUGACUGGGAGCGAGGGCAGGCGUUGAAAGGCGCCUAG